CCAAAUCUUCAGCCUCGCACAGCAUUUCUUCAGUAUUCAUACGCAUCCUCUUGAAUCACGACUUCUGCAUUGAUCUGCCACUGUUUAACAUCACCUCUUCAACUAGCAACUCACUCAGGAUGACCACAUCCUAGAUCUCGAGCGUUGAUUGCGAGUUGAGUGGCUAGGGAUGCCGCGUCUCAACAAUACUCGUCGGGCAGCGCGGCCCUGGACGCUCACAGAUACAUAUGGAUUUAUAGCGACAUAUCUCUCGAUUUCGCCCGGACAUGGGCACUCGUCACGAUUACUACGUAGCCGAUUGCCAACUUUUUCACGAUCUUACAGGAAUGCAUCAUAUAUACCCAUACUUGCGAAUCAAUCACUCGACAGCUCUCUCCAGGCGAAACAGGGAGAUGGCAUACAAGGCCGCUCUCUGCAGAUAAACCAGCGCGACUGCGUCCUCCCUCGCUCCCAGCGCCGUCACUUCCACAACUACUUCGUCACACACCUUCCCUCCAGCUCUCUGCACCCGGACUCCCGCUCUCCCCACCACAAACUCCCCCGCGCAGCCUCAAUCCCACACACGAGUGCUAGCCCACCCCCAACUGCCGUCCCGCUAUUAGCUAGCUCGUCACGCGACCUCACCGUCGUACGCAUCCCGAUCCAGAGCGCGAAGCACCACUUCGGAGCGAAGACAUCUCGCGGCACGCGCCCCUACAACGAGGACCGCUUCGAGGCCGGCACGAUUGAGAUCCCCGCCUUCGCGAACCGCGCACCGAUCAGUUUGACCCGCAGCGAUACCGGGUCGGGACAGGGACCUGAGGCGACAUCGGCGGACAGCGCGAGCGGGGAUCCGCAGGUGUUUUACUUUGGGGUAUUUGAUGGGCAUGGCGGUUCCGAGUGCUCGGAGUUUUUGAAGCAGGAGUUGCAUCACUAUGUGGAGGAUGCGGCGAAGCAGUUUGGGCUGCAGUCGAGCUUGAAGAGGAGCCCGGAUUCCAUGCAGGAUCCGGCGAUGGGAACCGCGGUGCCUGAGGUAGGGGUUGCGACUGAGGGGGAGUUGUGGAAGGAGGGGAAGAAGGGCUUGAAUGCCGUGGAUAUGAAGACGAAAGAGGAGACGAAGCCGGCUGAUACGAGGAGCCCCAAGGAGCAGGUAGCGCAGCGUCCGCCGGAUGCUGAGCGUCUGAAGUCGGAGGACCCGCUGAAGCAGCGGAUGGACAAGCCGAAAGCUCUGGAACUCGAGGCAUCUCUCCUUGAUCAUUGGAAGAGCACAGUUGGGGGAUACUUCCGGCGAUUCAAACCGGACUACUUUGAUGUUAAGGUCAAGUACCAGCAUCGGAACCACAAGACAACCAACGAGCCCGCCAGCCCGGAAACAGCACCCUCUAUCGAGACAGUGCUCAUGUAUGCAUUCCUCCGCUGCGACCUCGACUUCGUCAUCGCGCAGGCCUCCAAGCCCGACAAAGAAUCCAUCUUCGACCUCCCCCUUAACCACGGCGAGGUCCUCGGCCGCCCCUCCCAGGCCGCCCACAACAUCGGCGGCCCAAUCCGUUUCAAAGGCGGCUCCACUGCCUCCGUCGCCAUGGUCUCAACCCCAAGCCCGACGCCCUUCUGGCACCCGAGCUCGCCCUCCACCCUCCUCGUCGCCCACGUCGGGGACACGCGCAUUCUCCUCUGCGACACAGCGACUGGCCUCGCCGUCCCCACGACAACCAACCACCACCCCAGCUCACCCAUCGAGAGCACGCGUCUGCACCGCUACGCUGCGACCUUUGUGACUGACUCUUUCGGCGAGGAGCGUAUGUCUGGACUGGCUAACACGCGUGCCUUUGGCGACAUGAAGUCCAAGCGCAUCGGCGUUAGCGCCGAACCAGAGAUCGUGCGCGUUGCGCUCGCGCCAGCGCAGUACAGCUUCCUCGUGCUGGUGUCGGAUGGGGUGUCUGGAACGCUGACCGACCAGGAGAUCGUGGAUGUGGUGAAGGAGGCGAAGACGCCGGAGCAGGGCGCGCAGGAAGUCGUGACGUUCGCGACCGAGACGACUAAGGACGGCGAUAAUGCGACGUGCCUUGUUGUGCGUCUUGGGGGGUGGGAAAGGCGGGCCGAGGGCGGCUCAGGGAGUUUGGGGACGAAGGAGGUGAGAGAUUUUAGGAGGCAGGAGGCCACCGAUCCAAGGCGCAAUAGGAGAUAAGGGAAACAUGGUUAUGAUAUAGGGGAUGUGGCGUUUGCACACGAUGAUUUUUGGAAACUGGCAG